AAGGCUUUUUCUUUCCAUCGUUUUCUCUGCCCGGAGGUAGCAGAUUGAUUGGGGAAGGAACCGUUCAAAAAGAUAGUUUCGUAGGAAAUUGUCUUCAGUUUUAGUGAAAAAUAGGACCACAGCAUCCGCGGACCGCUGGUACUUCUGGAAAAGAGGUAAAAUUCUUGAAAUAAUAGCGGAUAGCGCAGGAUGUCAAAGAAAAUGUCUCGCUAUCCACACGACGCCAAGGUUUACGUUGGUGAGCUCGGUAACAACGCCAGCAAGCAGGAAAUCGAAGAUGCAUUCUCUUACUACGGCCCGCUGAGGAAUGUUUGGGUGGCCCGGAACCCGCCGGGAUUCGCCUUCGUGGAGUUCGAUGAUGCCCGGGAUGCCGAAGAUUCGGUCCGUGGCCUUGAUGGGAGGACCGUCUGCGGUCGGCGCGUGCGGGUAGAGUUGUCCACUGGGAAGGGCGGCCGUGGAUUCCGCGGAGGUGGUGGUGGCGGCGGCGGAGGGCCACCUCGCGGCAAGGGGGGUCGCGGAGCGUUCAAUCCGGACGAUCGCUGCUAUGAGUGCGGCGGAAGAGGACAUUAUGCUCGCGACUGCAGGGGCAAGGGCAAAGGACGCAGGAGAUCCCGCAGCCGUACUCCUCGGUCGCGUUCCCGCGAGCUCCGCACUCGCUCGAAGACCAACAGCCGCAGCCGUAGCCGUGACCGCGACCGCGAGCGCGAACGUGAUCGCCGUUCCCGGUCCAAGACGCCAAGGAAGUCCGGCCGGAACGAUCGCUCUGUGAGCCGUGACCACAGCAAGUCACCCCGGCGGUCCAUUUCGAAGGGCCGUUCCCGUAGUCGCUCAAGGACACCUCGUUCGGCGACAAGAUCCCGUUCCAGGUCGCACCGCCGCAAUGGCCACGAUUAGGAAUGAAAUCUGCAUCCGAGCCAACGCCAGAUGUUGCCAAUUGUUCCAGACCACCACCGAGAUUGAAACAUAGGCAAAAGUUAAAAACAAACUCUUUAAAACAUUUAAAACUGAAACAUUGAUGUCCCAUUGAUCGCUUUUGACAAGGUUUGAAAGUAAUCAGACUAUGAUUUACUUAAUCCGUAGCAGUAGAGGUAUCAUCAUUGAUCACUCCAUAUUGAUAAGUUUUACAAUAUUAAUCAGUUGUAAGGAGAACCGAACUAUUUGAGAUUGAUGGUAUUUGAUGUAAAAGUCCGAUGCUCUAGAUAAGAUAUGACUGUUCCAGUAUCAUGGCGUAUAAUAAGCUCUCUGUACGAAUCAUUAAAUCGUAUCCUUGCAUUUAACGCUGGUUCUCUUACAAUCCAAAAAAAAAAAAAAGAAAUCUGACCCUUUUAGCAAGAUAAUGAGAAAACCACGUCUUCUCGAUUCUUUCUUCUGCCAGAACCACAGAAUCAUCAACAAAACAGUAUCAUAAUUUUGUUUGUAUGCUUUUUAUUUAUAAAUUUGAACUUACUCUAUAAUGCAAAAAAUAUCAAUAAAGUAUUUGAACUGAGAUUUGUCAAUGCUA